AUGUCUACCAAGUUAGGGGACGGUGCACAGUGGCCCAAGGAUAUUCACCAAUGGCCAGGAAACGAUGCUCAGUCGUCAGGAAUCCACUUGCUGUGGUACGAUCCUGCGCACGGCGCACCUCACGAAGCUACCUAG